AUGAAGUUCACAGACUCUCCGGUGAUCGAGCUAACGGUGAACGGCACACAGCUCUCAAUCCAGCAAGACAACGCCACGAUGCACGUCGGAACCUCCGUAUGGCCUUGCUCUCUGGUUCUCGCCAAGUUCGCCGAGCGCUGGUCCACGGUGGAGGACUCAUCACCGCCGUCUCCAAAUCCGUACGCCGAGCUCCUCGAUUUCCGCGGCCGUCGUGCCGUCGAGCUAGGCACCGGAUGCGGAGUCGCCGGCAUGGCGUUUCACCUGCUAGGCCUGACGGAGAUCGUGCUCACCGAUAUGGUCCAGGUCAUGCCGGCGCUCAAGCACAACCUGAAACGGAACAAGGCGGCGCUGGGGAAAUACCUAAAGACCUCGGUCGUUUGCUGGAACAAUCGGGAUCAGAUCUCGGCGCUGAAUCCGCCUUUCGAUCUGGUCAUCGCGGCGGAUGUUGUGUACAUCGAGGAAUCGGUGGGGCAUCUGGUGACGGCGAUGGAGUCGCUGAUGAAGGAAGACGGCGCUGUGCUGCUUGGUUAUCAGGUUAGGUCGCCGGAAGCGGAUAAGCUAUUCUGGGAGCUGUGCGGCGUCGUUUUUGAGAUCGAGAAGGUUCCUCAUGAGCAUCUCCAUCCUGAAUACGCGUAUGAGGAAGCUGACGUGUACAUCUUCAGAAAGAAGGCGAAGAGUGAAUCAGAAUGAAACAUGUUUCGUUUCUGUUAAAACCUUUACAAAUUUGGAUGUAACUUUUCCUUUUUACUUACUUUUUGCCAUCGGUUUCGAGUAAGUUCAGUUUGGACCUAAAUUAGUACACGGACUUUAUUAUAUAACAGAAUCAAUGAACGGGUUGGAUUA